AUGCAACCGCAAGUGGUCCAAGUGGGGCCCAACCUUUGGGUGGAAAUCGGCGUUUACAGUGCAUGUACCACGGGUGUCAAGGUCGUGGCCAGCGUGAACAUGUACACGCACUAG